AUGACGGGAUCUCCUGUCCUGAGUCUUUCCCACAUCGACAGAAACAGGAGUGUAAAGGGAUACGUUGGAGCAGAGCAAGUUGCUGAUUGUUUUAAAGGUGCCGAUGGAGUUGUUAUCCCAGCGGGUGUUCCACGUAAACCUGGAAGGACUCGAGGUGAUUGGUUCAACAACAAUACUAGUAUCGUUCGCGAUUUGACUUCUGCCAUUGCGGACAAUUGUCCAAAGGCUUUAAUUGUGAUUAUUACAAAUCCUGUGAACUCAUGUGUCCCAAUUGCCGCAGAAGUUCUAAAAUUCAAAGGAAAGUACUAUCACCGUCGUCUCUUCGGUGUUUUAACUUUGGAUAUUGUCCUUGCUCGAAAAUUCAUUUCUGACUCAUGUAAAGUUGAUGUGAAUACCGUUGAUAUUCCAGUGAUGGGUGGACAUUCUGGUGUUACAAUUAUUCCGGUGAUAUCACAAUGCAAACCAAAAGUGUCGUUUUCGCAGCCCAAUCUUGAGAAAAUCCCAGUGCGAAUCCAAGAAGCUGGCACAGAAAGUGCGAAGGCUAAGGCUGGAGCGAGAAGGGGAUUAAGGCAAUUUUGA